AUGUCCAACAACACAAACGACCCAGACAGCCCCUCCUCAGCCCUCUCCAAGAAGGCCCGCCUAGCCCACUGGAUCACAGGCGGCACCAACCGCGGCCCGUCCACCAUGUCCUCCUUCAGCCGCAUGGCCAGGGACCGCAACGACAUCAAGAAGGCCACCGAGGCCUGGGCCCUCGCCAGGGAGCGCGGCCUGGCCGAGCACCAGGGCCAGUGGGGCAGGUCCGGCGUGCCCGGGGCGCUGGACCAGGCGGCGGCGGCGGGGAUGGACGAGGGGCAGACCCUGGGGAUGCGGCUGGGCAGCCUGAGAUGCAGCAACGGGGACGGCAGGGGCAACCGCAGACGGGACCCGUGGAGUGUGACACGGAGGAUGACAUAUACGGGGCGGACGAUACCACAGGGGCGAGGGCUGAGAGAGGUAACACUGGCGAUGGCGACACAGCAGCACGCGGUGACAUGGACCGAUGACGCGCCCGGGCAACAGCAGAAUGGUGAGGGCGACGAUGAUCACCACGAAGGGGACUAUGCGCGUCCUGCACAGCAGCAAAGGGAACAGACGGUAGAUCGGUGA